UGUGUGCUGUGUGCGCGAGGCAGUGAUUCUGCUGAAGAUGGUUGAUGUUCCAGGGUCUCCGCUCCUAUCUCUGCUGCUGCUGCUGUGUGUGUCGCCUCUGCCUGCCGCCACAUACACCCUGACCCCUGGCAGACAGGCCCAGCACAAAGUCCUGCACCUGGACUGGCCUAAGGACUGUGGCACGGCCCACUAUAAACCUAACAUGGCUGAACGGAUCGUCUCUGGAAACGAGGCCAGACCUCACUCCUGGCCAUGGCAGGUCUCCCUACAGGUUCGUCCCAGAGGCAGUAAGCACUACAUCCAUGUCUGUGGAGGAACUCUCAUCCACAAGAACUGGGUCCUCACUGCUGCUCACUGCUUCCAGAAGGGUAAAGCCGAGGAUGCUGGGAGUUGGAGGAUUGUCCUGGGGAAGCACCAGCUGAAACGUUCCGAAACACCCGAGAAGGCUAUCCCGGUGAAGAGGAUAUAUCGUCACGAGCACUUCCGUUACCCCAUGCACAGCGAGUUGGAUUAUGAUAUCGCCCUGGUCAAGGCUGCCACCGACAUCGUGCCCACCAACCACAUACGCUAUGCAUGCCUGCCGCGCAAACAGAUCAGCCUGAAGCCAGGACAAUACUGCUGGGUGACCGGCUGGGGAGACACUCGGGGUGGGAAGGAGAACGUGUCUCUGGCUGAGGCUCUGAACCAGGCCCGUCUGCCCAUCAUCGACAUCAAGACCUGCCGUCAGAAGAAGUUCUGGGGAGACCGCGUCAGGGACUCCAUGAUCUGUGCCGGCUUCAGAGACACAGAAGGACCACCUGCUGCCUGCCAGGGUGACUCGGGCGGUCCUCUGCUGUGCCAGUUGGGGCGCGACAGGUGGGAGGUGCACGGUGUGGUGAGCUUUGGCCCCAUUGGCUGCACCGUGGAGAACAAGCCCAGCGUGUUCACCCGCACCGCCAAUUACAUCCCUUGGAUCGAGGCUACGCGCAUCAGAGACAUCUUCAUGCACUAGACUAGACCACACACAACCUGACAACCCCUCCACGCCCCCAAAACUAUAGCAUUUAUUUUUUGUGCGAGAUACCAUAUUGCCUCAGGCCACACCCCCCUCUCCUCUGUGUCCAUAACCUGAGUCACUACAGUGACAGACAAAAUUUGAAUAUAGACAUUUUACAAUCAACAUUGUACUGAUCAUCAGCAUUUCAUUAAAUCAAGCCACCUGUCACGAUGCUGUAA